AACACAAAUAACUUUAUCCAAACACACACAAACUUUGAUACCUUUAAUUUCUACAUGUAUUAUCGUGGAGUUAUGGCUGGCCAAUUUGGUCAUGGUAUCAUGGAGGAAGAUUUAUGGAGGAAAGGACCUUGGACUGCUGAAGAGGAUAGGUUGCUAAUUGAGUAUGUUAGGGUGCAUGGUGAAGGGAGGUGGAAUUCUGUUGCCAGACUUGCAGGAUUGAGAAGGAAUGGAAAGAGUUGCAGAUUAAGAUGGGUGAAUUAUCUAAGGCCAGAUCUCAAAAGGGGUCAAAUCACACCACAAGAAGAGAGCAUAAUUCUAGACCUGCAUGCUAGGUGGGGAAACAGGUGGUCAACAAUUGCAAGAAACUUACCGGGAAGAACGGACAAUGAAAUAAAGAACUAUUGGAGGACUCAUUUCAAGAAAAAGGCAAAAAAUCCCUCUGAUGCUGCCGAAAAGGCGAAAAAUCGAUUCCUGAGGAAGCAGCUAUUUCAUCAGCAACAACAACAGUUGCAGCAAGUUCAACAACAGCAGCAACAACAACUGCAAUUCAACUUGGACAUGAAAGAUGUCGUGUCCUUGUUUGAGGAAAAUAAUAUUAAUAACCAUAGAGUUCCUUAUAUAUCUCAAACUAGACAAGAAAUGUUCAACAUGUGUCCAAACACAACAGAAGAACAGAGUUACUUUAUGUUUAAUGGAAACUCUUCUGUACAAGAUUCUUCAGCAAAUGAUGUUUUGUGGGAUGAUGGACUGUGGAAUUUGGAUGAUGUUCAUGGGAAUUUCAGUGUUGCUAAUGCAACAAACAAAACUGGUUUAUAUAAUUUAGUUACUCCUAAUUAUUGUUAGUGUUAUUUGGUUGAGGAAAUUUAUAAGUACUCUUAAUUAGUUUUAGUUAAGUUAUAGUUUGAUAUAAGGCUCCAAAAACCAUGAGCUUUUGAUUAGUUGCAUAAGGUGUGUAGUUGAGAUUAGUAAAAUGAUGUUCUCAAAGGAAACUUAUUAUGUAAUCUGUCAAUAAAGUGUCUCAAUUUUGCUUAUAAAAUAACUUAAAUGAACUUUGUUUUUUA